CAGGAACUUACACAGCUUCGAGCUUGUCAUCUUAAAACAGAGCAACUCAGAGACCUGAGUGAAAAUGCUGCUAAACUUGACAUCAGUUCUCUUCAUUUUAAUCUUCAUGUUCCCCCCUGGUAAAUUUGUCUCUUCAUGUAUCUACAAAGCAGCAGGUGAUAAAGUUGUGAUUUCAUUUGAUGAUGCAAAAUCACAAGAGGACAAUGACCUGAGAUGGACUCAUAAUAAACAGAAAGUUUAUAUAAGAAAAGGCUCACAAAUUAAGCUCAACAAGCUCAACGUUAGUGAAGAUGGCUCUCUGAUACUGGAGAACAUACAGAAAGAUCAAUCUGGAGAGUACAAGGGCGUCAUAUAUGAUGCAGAUGGAAAGUUAAUAACAGAAACCGUGCAAGAGCUCUGUGUUCUGGAGCCAGUGGCUGAACCUAUAGUUUUGGUUGAAUGUGUGGAAAACGGAGUAAAUCUGAAUUGUACUGCAGUGAACGUCACUGAGGUGGUUGUGUCCUGGAUGAAAAAUGGCAAGAAGGCAAACAUGACACAUGCUGUUUUACACAUCAGUUCGUCUGAGCUCAAACCUGGAGAUACUUUCUCAUGCACACUCAGAAACCAGAUAAGCAAGAAGUCAGCAAAAAACGUUGAGCCAGAGUGCUCUGAAACAGAUAAGUCUGAGAAGAAAUAUCUCUUUGGCUUGGAUUUAUGGUGGACGCUGGUGAUCCUGACAGGGGGAGGAGGUUUCCUCCUCAUCCUCUUCAUCAUCUGCCUCGUCUGUGUCUCCUGCUGCUGCAGACCAAACAAGAGGAAAGCAAAACGGGAAGAACAGCAUCAGCUUGUCCCUUUAAUGCCAUAUUACUUAAAUCAGCCCGAUGACCAGCAAAAGCCAGUAACCUCUUUUGGCUAGUUAUAAAUAGGUUAAACUAGCCCUAACUUCAACAGAAAACUUUCUGCAUUUUAACAGUUUUUAAAAAUAGUUUUUUUCAUUGGAUUUUCAUCUGGCGCUCCUUAUGGACAUGGAAUUAUUUGCCCUGCAUUAACAUUAACCCUGCUGGAUUUUUCUAUGCUUCACACUGACCUGUACAUUUGAUCUGCUGUCUGUUAUUAAUAAGUACUAGUGGUGACAUACAGAGUGGCUUAAACUAAACAUAAGCAUUGCAUGAUUUCUUAGCUUUUGCCUCUCUUCACAUCUCCUCCAGAUAGCAGCAUUGCACUGAGAAAGUAAUAGCACUUCAUCUUCCACUGAACUAGUACUGGAAACCUAAUUGUGGGUGAUAAAAUUAAUUUAAGGCUAUUAACCUUGUCAGAAAAUGCAGUGAAAAUACUUUUCUUUUUCUAUAAAAAGAUUGUGCAAUGAUAUCUGUUAUGUUAUCUGUUGCUAAAUAAAUAAAUGGACUGGCCUUG